CUGCUUCUCCCAAGUGUUUCAUGCAGCGUGCUGCUUCUGUUUAUUUGGUCUGUUUCACUUGUUCAAACAUGCCUGGAUUGUGCAGAGUUUUUCUCGUUGCUUUUGUCUUAAAUCUGUCCUAUUUUGGAUCUACCGGUGCACAAACGUCGACGCCAUCGCCUUCAAUUCCUUGUUCUGCAAAAAACAACACAACUUGUGGCGAAUGCUUGCAGAAUGUGAUAUGCUUGUGGUGUGAACAAACAGGACAAUGCCUCGACUACCCCGUGAGGAACAUUUUGCCACCUAAGAGUGUGUGUCCUUUGAAUGAUGCCCGAUGGGGGGUCUGUUGGGUAAACUUCCAGGUGUUGAUCAUAACCAUGUCAGUGCUGGCUGGUGUUUUGAUCAUCACUGUUUUGGUGUGCUGCUUUUGCUGCUGCAAGUGUGAGAGAAUCGGAAACAAGAAGGAAGAUGCAAAAGCUGAAAGAGAAACCCGCGCUCGAACAGCCAGACAUAAAGCAAAGAGAACAGAAAUGCAGAUGAGACAUGAUGAAAUCCGACAGAAAUAUGGUUUGGCGAAGGAUAACCCAUAUGCUCGAAUGAAUGAACACUAAAGAAUAUUUUCAAAUGUACCAGUGCCUAUACUUUUAACAAACAUUGAUAUUCUGAGAACGGUACUGUAACAUACACCUAAAUAUGACUAGAAUGGUUAUGAUAUCAGUAUUGAGACAAACCAAAGCUUCUGUAUGUUUUUGAUUGCAAUAUGAUUUGUAAAUCUGUCCAUAUUUAGUUUUUCAGUUGAUCUGAGGGCUUAGUGCACAGUGUUUUUGUGACUGCUACUGUCUAAGUAGUUCUAAUUGAUUAUUUUCUUUUAUCUUUGCUGCUUCUGUGGUAUAAUUUCUACAAUGCACACAUCCUAGUGCCAUUAUGAAAAGUACAUCAAUAAGUUCACAAGUUUAACACAAGAUUGUAUUUAAUACAGUAACAUACUGUCCUGAGAGAGGCAGCAGGGCACAGUGGUAAUUUCCCUUGUGGAUCAAUAAAGUUGGUUUAAUGAAACAUUUCUCUUUUACCGCGGGCAUUACACACUGUUUACUGACGCUAACUUGUACUUCUAAAAUGUAUAUUUUUAUAUACCAUGUUUGACAGAAUAAUAAAGGGCAUUGUGAUCCGCU